AUGGCAGCCAGACUUUUGCAACGGGGAGCUGCAGCACCCGUGGCUGCAAUGCUGCUUGGAGGUGUCGUGCUCUACCCGCGGACGGCGCAUGCCGAAGCUCCGGAUAACUAUGCCAAGAAGCCCAUUUACGACGACUAUUACGUGCCCUCGCCUGCGCCGCUGUCCGCGGCCAAGUCGCCCGCUGCCCCGACACCAUCCUCCCCCGAGCCAUUGGCAUCGCCUGCACCCUCCUCCACAGCUGUCGCAACGGUUUUUCCGUCGCCAUCGCCGUCGCCAGCAGCACCGAUCCGGCAUGGCCCCACACCGACCGACCGACUCGCCGGCCAGAUCCGGCUCGCCCGCCUGUUCCUGUACCGUCAGGCCCGCGCGGCCGAGGAUGGCGUCAACCAGGCGGCCAACCGGGUGUUUGGGCUCGAGCGGUCGUUCACCGAGACGAUCGCGUCGCUGGCACCGUCACGCGAGAGCGGCGAGCGGCUCAUGCCCGGCUCCGUCUACGUGCUCGUGGCCGCCAUGGCCGGCAGCAUCGUCACGCGUCGCAGCAACAUUCUGCUGCGCGCCACCGUGCCGCUGGCCUUUGGCGUCAGCGCCGGCUGGGGUCUGCUGCCGGUUACCAUGCGCAACUGCGCCGACCUGCUCUGGCAGUACGAGGAGCGCGUACCGGUCAUCGCCCAGGCCCACCUGCAGACGCGCGCGGCCAUUGAGCGGUCCGUCUACUUUGCCAAGCUGCACGCACAGGUCAGCAAGAAUUACGCCGACGACAAGGUCCAUGCCGUGCGCGAGACCGUCGAGGACUGGGUCAAGAAGGGCAAAUAG